AUGGCGUCAUCGCAGCCUACCAUCCAGGAGCUCGCGGCCAAGGUCGCGCAGCUGUCCGCCGACUUCUCCAAGUUCCUGGGCGACAACAAGAUCCCCGAGCCUACCUUUGCCGCGGAUAGUGUGCGCAGUUACAGUGGUCUGACAUCAGAGGCUUUUCUGUUGAGACAGAACCUGCUGGACACCCUGAAUGACCUGCAUUACCUCGUCGAGGGCCCUAGCGAGAGUGUCUUCAACUUUGCCCACAACUACGGACCCGACGGUGCCUGCAUCAAUACUAUCAACCACUUCGAUUUCUGGUCUGCGGUCCCUCUGAAUGGCGAUGCCUCCUACGCCGAAAUCACCAAGCACGUCAACCUGCCAGAGGAGGUCGUCCACCGCCUUCUCGAGCACGCGUACACUCUGCGCAUCUUCGAGGAGACCGAACCCGGAAAGCCCCUGACCACCCGCGUACGACACACUGCGCGGUCCGCGGCCUUGGCCCAGAAUGAGGGCCUCAGCGGACUCGUCGCCAACAUCAUGAACGAUGCGGGCCCGCCCAUGGCCAUUCUCCCUUAUGCUUUGGAGAAGUUCCAGAAGGGCAAGACGGAGCUCAAGGAGGACAUGAGCGAGACCGCUUUUGCCCUGUGGCAGAGUGGUGAGCUGUCCAAGGGCUACAAGACUUCGUGGGAGAUGAUGGAGGAGGACGGCGAGGGUGAGAGGAAGGGCUACCGCAUGAGGACUUUCGUCAAGUGGAUGAACUACAUCAAGGACAUCUUCCAGUUGGAGGGACUGCUCAACACCGCCUACGACUGGAAAUCUGCCGGCAACCUCAAGGUCGUCGAUCUCGGCGGUUCCGGAGGCCACGACAGCUUCGUCCUGGCCAAGAACUUCCCCAACCUCAACAUCACCGUGCAGGACCUGCCCAAGUGCCAGUCCUCAUUCGACCAGAACAUUCCCGAGGAGCUCAAGGGCCGCGUGAGCUUCCAGCCCCACAGCUUCUUCGAGCCCCAGACCCUGCAGGCGGACAUCUACAUGAUCAAGCUCAUCCUCCACGACUGGCCCGACGCCGAGUCGAUCCAGAUCCUCAAGGGCCUCACCCCUGCGCUGCGCCCCGGUUCCAAGGUCCUCUUCAUCGACUACGUCGGCAAGCAGGGCACCGUCGAGGAGAACGCCGCCGCGGCCGCCGCGCUGCCCAAGUCCAUCCAGCAGAUGGGCACGUCGACGGACCUGAGAAUGAUGGGUCUGUUCGGCGCCAAGGAGAGGCACGUCGAUGCGUGGAAGGAGCUUUUCAAGAGGGCGGAUGAGAGGUACGAUGUUGCUCGCGUCACGGCCAACCCGUUGUCUUUCUUCGUCGUUAUUGAGGCUGUCUGGCGCGGUUGA